AUCCAUAUUACGCAGUAUAGCGUAUAAACGAAUACAGCCACAUCUCGUAUCCAGACUCCAGUGCAGAUCCGCCAUCCCGUCUAGCUACCUCUACCUAUAGGCUAUAGCGCCUUGAACACAGCCUUGUGAUUUACCCCUCCCUUGUGAGUAAAAGUAAAUGGUGGGUAUAAAUUCUCCAGUCUUUCCCAACCUUGGCUCAAAUCUCGUCUUCCUCUUCUUAUCAAAAUCAGUAUUGUUUCUUCUGCUGCUGCUGCUGCUAUACCCACUUAUCCACCACAGCAUCACAGUCUCACCUUCAGAACUGAGAAGUAUAAAUUCCCCUCCCAAAAAAGAAAAAGAAAAAGAAAAAGAAAAAGAAAAAGAAAUGCCCCACACCGAAAACGGCUACUUCUACUACUCCUACAACUACCGCUGCCCCUGGACGAACCAAGCCGACAACACACAGGGGAUAGACGACACAUUCUACUCGGCCUACUACACGCGCCACAAGCCAGACCACGCGGCUCAAAACGCGUGGUUCAAGGACUGCGUCAUGCCGGCCGUCCGGGAGGAUAUUCGCAAGUGGUUAGAGACCGUGGAUCGGAAUACCCUGGGCCGGACCUAUGAUCGGUUUAAACAGAGUAAUGUGAGACAGCUGGAGUUUAGGCCUUGUGUGGCACUGCCGACGCAUUCGGAGGGGCGGUUGAAGGGGAGGCCGUAUGGGAGGGAGAUUUAGAUCUUUUAUUUUAUUUUUUUUUUCUUUUGGGGGAGGGGGGAAUUG